CACAUAUACCGACGUCAUAUUUUGCAUGAGGAAGAAGCAGCUUGAUGGCGGAAACGUUCAGUCCGUUUGAGGUUUAGCCUAAAUUUAAAAGAAAAGCACAGUUUAGCUGCUACUACAUUGGACAACACGGUUUCCUGAGUGAACGGUUAAUCAGAAUGUUACUCCAAAGGAGGAUCUCACAAACAUUGUUUAUUUUCAAUGUUUUGUACGCAACGUCUCUGUGUUUCAGUGAUCCGGAGCCUGGCUCCGGACUUGCCGCUGUACAACCGAAUGGAGACCGGUUUAAGAUAGAAGGCCGAGCCAUCGUACCGGGGUUGAGACCGCAAGAUUGGAUUAACACUGCCCGUGUUCUGGUGGAAGGAGAAGAACAUAUCGGGUUUUUACGAAUUGAUGGGAGCUUUGCCGUGAAUGACGUCCCCUCAGGAUCCUAUGUUGUUGAAGUUGUCUCUCCAGUUUACAGAUUUGAACCUGUUCGAGUGGACAUCACAUCAAAAGGGAAAAUGAGGGCGAGAGCUGUGAACUACAUCAAGACGUCAGAGGUGAUACGGCUGCCAUACCCCCUGCAGAUGAGGUCCUCAGGCCCGCACUUGUACUUUGUGAAACGUGAGACUUGGGGCUGGACCGACUUCCUCAUGAACCCCAUGGUCAUGAUGAUGGUUCUUCCCCUCCUGAUCAUUGUCCUGCUUCCUAAGGUUGUCAACACCAAUGACCCAGAAAUGAGAAAGGAGAUGGAGCAGUCCAUGAACAUGCUGAACCCCAAUCAUGAGCUGCCAGACGUGUCUGAGUUCAUGACCAAGCUCUUCUCCUCCAAGAGCUCUGGGAAGUCCGGGGGUGGCAGCAAAGGCAGCAAGAGUGGUCCGGUAAAGCGGAGGUAGUGCCCCCCGGUUUGUGCCUAAACGGUGGGGUUUCUCAGUUUGUGUGGUUUUUCUUUUAUUUUUUUUUCGGUUUUAUUGUUCUUUUUGAAAGGUUAACUUUUUUCUGCCUGUUUGCCUGUUUCUUUCCCCUCUCAUCCUUUGAAAACAUCAACAUCAGUAUUAAAAUCAUGGUUUCAGACCCACAAGGAAGGUUUUGUAGGUUGUGAGGGGGGUGAGGGAUUUUUUUUGUACUGCCUUUCCCAGUUUUAAGCUUCAUGGUUAGCUUGUUUUGGGUUUAAUCUCCAAGCAUAUUUGUAAUUUGCAUUUGAGACAGAUCGCAGCCACUCCUGUACAGUUCCGUUAUUUAACACUGCAUUUCAAUGAAGCAAUUGAACUGUUUGUCAUUGAUUUGUGAAUGAUGUGUGGCAGCAUUGAUGUAUUGAGUGGUUUAAGUUGUAUCUAUACUACUAUUGUCAGACCUACUUGAAUGAGAGUUUAUAUGACUAAAGAUACACUGAGAUUAUGUAUAACUGUGAAUGAAAUUAUAAAGCAUAAGACAUUUUAACUUUAAAAUUAUAAAAAGAUAUAUAAAGCCAAUAAAUUGUGAUGUUAAACCUA